AUGUCGAUCGGAGUAGUGGCGGUCCAUCCCGCUUCGCAAUACGCGCGGCAGUUCUUAAAGCUGGUGCUUUUAACGGGGGGGCUCCUAGCGCUAGCCUUUUGGUUCAGUCCUCUCGCUUUAAUCGACGGCGAUGGCGCCUCAGCGUGGCGCGGCUUCGUCGUUGAUUCUCCCGCAAAUGCCGCCGCAACAUCCGUUCAGCCGUGCGACAGAGGCGGCGGGACCGAUGCCGCCGGCGCUAUCGGCGCGCGCGAUCUUGUCGACGCGUCCGCCGCCGCAUCCUCCGCCGCGUUUGACGCUCGCGCCGUGCAGUUCGGCGGGAAGCCGCUCUGCUGGUGGUCCGGCGACCACGGCGGGUACGGCUGGGACGACGACGCGAGCCACGAUCGGCGGCGGAAAAAGCGGAAGCACUCCGGCCAACGGCGCGGGGGGGUGCUGAUGUUCGGAAGCGGGUGCGCGGGGUGCGUUGCGGGGCAGUGGUGUAGCUUCGAGAUCGAAAUACGACCGCCCGCGAAAUGGGUGUUUCCGGAGACAGACGCGUUUGUAGACUUUCUUAUAGUGGAGCUGUGGGGACCUUCUAUCGCGUACGCGGACGUGAAACGGGUGGGCAGCGACAGCAAGAGGUGGAAGGUGUCUUAUCGAGUCUGGGACGCCGGAGAAUACACCGUCACGGUCAUAUCCGGCUGCACCAAUCUCAACUACACUGCCAAAUUCGCAAAACAAGGAGUCGAGCCCUUUGCCAACUGGAUCCUCACCGUCGCCCACCCAUUCGCAAACCUCCCCACCGCGAGAGAUCUCUCCCAGCUUCCCGCGGAUUCUCCCCCACGAGAGAAUGCCGGCAGCGGGACAGGGAAGGGGAGGAAAGGAGGGAAAGCGGAAGGGGAAGUGGAGCGUGUACUAGCAGAGAGGGCGGGGGGAGAGGUGGGGGCGGAAAGGGGAGCGGAUUCUCCCUCGAAUUCUGGCAGCGGGACAGGGAAGGGGAGGAAACGAGGGAAAGCCGAAGGGGAAGUGGAGCGUGUACUAGCAGAGAGGGCGGGGGGAGAGGUGGGGGCGGAAGGGGGAGCGGGGGGGGAGGAAGGGGGCGAUUGGCUGGCGGAAGCUGAGGCGGAGUGGCAUGAAGCGCCAUGCGAUCAGGCUGUUGCUGGCAGGUGGCUCCACGUGAACAACGCCUACAGGUGGCGCUUUUUCCCGUGUGCCUCGCCGGUGCCCCCACCACCGCAGUGGGUGGAGGCGUUGCAGGCGCGGGGCAUUCGGGAGAUCAGCUUUGUGGGCGACUCGCACCAGCGCUUCCUCAUGCUCUUUAUAAACUACCUCGUUAUGCACGACGUCGACGACGCGCUCUGGAAGUUCCACGGGGAUAUUGUUAUCAACCUGCCGCCGCCCAAGGGGAGGACGGACUUAAAGCCUCUGAAAUUGAAUUUCUACUGGGUGGACGGAAUGUACCAUAACGACGAGUACGGAUGCACGUAA